GUCGCGACCCACAGCGUCCUUUGCGUUUAGGUGUCACGUCGGAGGGUGGCGUGGCUUAUAAACGUUUCGAACGUCAGCGCCCGUUCUCAAAAAGGGUUUUAAAGAAAGCGACAUCGCCUCGGAGUAGUCUCGUCUGAGCGGUUGCUGCGUCCUGUACCUCGCUUCACCAUGAACUCCAAGGAGCUAGUCGGAGCCGUGCUCGUGUUGUUGUGCAUUGGGGCUGCGCUAACGUCGGCCGCCGUCUUCGUGCAGAGCGUGGACGUUAAGAACAAGUACUGCAUCUGGAAGAAGUACGUGAUCCCCGACGGUGGUCACCUGAACCUGGCUAACCCGUGCAUCAGCCUGACCUGUGACGCCAAGCUCAAGUACCUCCGUGGCGCUUCUUGCGGUCGAAUUGCGCACGAGGGCAUUCCGAAGAACUGUACCCUCGGUAAGGGCAAGGGCAUCUACCCCAAAUGCUGCAAGACUCAGCUCACCUGCCACUGAUACGUCAGGCAAGGCGUGCCGAGCCAACCCAGACACGUCAUCACGCUCCAAUCGUCGACUUCCACCUGCGCAUCGUAGGACGCAGCGACUAUGGUGCCCGAAGUGCGUCUCCACGACUGGUGUGUUUACCGCUUCCUCGAAGGUGGUCCCGCGGUUUCCGCCUGAUGACGUCGUAAAAGAAGAAUUGUCAUGCUGUUCUCCUGUCGCGAUCCUUGUGGUGGCCCAGCAGAGGAGGUAGGCGUGACAGACACCUGUCCUGUUGUAGUUCGCUCUGCAGUCAGACAGUUGACGGAAAUCAAAUCAGACACGAGUUGGGACGCCGCGACGACAGCAACUCUCGCGUCGGCUCACCUCUUCCGCCAGAACUUCUAAGACCAACCCCCAGAUCGCGGAGAGCGAUAUGGCAUGACACACCGACUUCUGCGACGUAAUUUCUCGCCACUCCGGGAACACGUUCGAUUCGUGGGCGGGAUGUAUACAGGACGGCAGACACACCAGUCGAGGAUGCGUUUCGGGAUCCGUGUAUAGCCAAACUGCCAUCACAGCCGAAAAUGACAAGAACGCCAGCCAGACCGGCUGCGACGACACCUACAAGACGUGCCAAGCUCGAGCCUACUCCUGUGGCGUGGGACCAUGACGCGUGAAAAGCGCCAACGGGCUCGAUUUAUUUAUGACUCGCAUAUAUAAUAAAAACCAGCUAUUUUUUUUCUU